AUGGUCGAUAAUAGCUGUGAUCUUCAAAACAAGAAUCGUUUUCGAUGCUCAUCUCAAAAUAAAUGUAUUCAAUCGUGGCUCGUGCUGAAUGGUAUCAGAGACUGCAUCAAUGGCGAAGAUGAAUUUGAAUAUAACCGACGUGGACGACAUGUUUUAGUGGCUUUUACAUAUAUUUGCGAUGGCUUCAUUGAUAGUGUGAUGACAACCGAUAAUGGUCAUGUUGAAACUAAUGAGACGAAUUGUGAAGACUGGCAGUGUGACAAUCACUAUACACAUUGCAAUGGAGUUUGGAAUUGUGCGAAUGGUGCCGAUGAAAUCGCAUGCAAAAGAUCCCGAUGUGCGUCCAAUGAACAUCCUUGCAUAUCAUCUCGAACAUAUAAACCAAUCUGUUUACCUUUGCCUCAAGCUGGAAACGGUCAGAUUGACUGUUUAGGAUCAUUUGACGAGAGAUCAUAUUGUCGUGAAAGACAGCCCAUGAUGCCGCAAGAACGUUACAGAUAUCAGAAUGACCGUGAGUGUACACGGGCUCGUUUGGUGUGCCGAUUUCUUGAGUAUUGUCCGAAUGAAGAUAGACAAGGUAUAUGUCGAACAGUCGUUGCAGAUGAAGAAAGUCUCGUAAAGUUGCACGAUGAAAAUCGAUUGCAAAUAUUUUUCUCCCUUUCAUCUAGCAACGCUUCAGAUGAAAAUAUGGCAUCAACCUCUCAUCAUUCAAUUAUUUCAAAUCCAUCUCAAACAUGGAACGAUGAAUCAAUCGAAAGUCAAAUAGUUCGUGGACUAAAUGAUGUGUAUUAUCAUCGAGCAUGGUUGUGCAAUCGUGGAUUCUUACGUCCUUCUCACAUUUGUUUUGACGAGCUCGUAACAUAUGUGAAUGAUUUCUUAGCUAAAAUCGUUAUAAUUCCUGUUAAAGGCAACGUCGCAUCACCAAGUUGUUUGAUCAAGUGUAAUCAUGGACGAUGUUUUAAAUACGAAAAUAUUGACAAACAUUUUUGUCGAUGCGAUGCAGGUUGGUAUGGACAAUAUUGUCAAGAAAUGAGUGUUAAUCAAUGUUCAUCCGAUUCUAUCUUUUAUGGUAUCUAUAAUAAUCGAUCGAUAUGCGUGUGUCCAUUUGGACCACGAUGUCUGUUAACAAGGAGUGUUUGUCAAAGUAAUGUAUGUCAAUAUGGAGGAUUACGUAUUCCGGACGAUGAACGUGUAUCGCAAAACGGAUUUACAUGUCUUUGUUCAUCAGGUUUUUCAGGUAAUACUUGCGCUGAUGCGAACAUCAAGAUAAAUAUUUACUUCGACGACAUUCCGAUUUCUUCCGCGAGCCUUGUUCACUUCAUUACUGUACAUAGUGCUGCAGAACCAACACAAACGAAGGUUGUGAAAAAUGUCCCUGCAGAUAAAAAAUUCGUUGAAUUCUAUGCACCAGUCAAAUUUAAUCUAUUAUUCAUUGAAAUUCCAUCCUUUUUUUAUUUGGCUAUUUUAAAACAUACGCAUACCCCUGCUUAA